GCAAAUUGUUGUUCGACAUGGAUCCUGCAUGUACAAGAAGCAUGUCGAUAAGCGACAGUGUCGCAAUUGCUGCAGUCCUGCAGGCGAAAAGAGGGUCAAUUGUGCACAAAACCUGUGUUUCACAUGGGUUUGGCAGUGGUUACUUGGGCAACCGCAACGGUCAACAAAGGCGCCCGCCGCAGUCAUCCUACGAUGAGACGGCUAUUAUUGACUCGGAAGUCUCAACAGAAACCUGCUUGAACCACAUGUGCAGAUCCCUCAACCGUUACCACCGCAUAUAAUACUGCCGCUCCCGUCCCAAAAGGUCAGGGUCUCCACGUCAACUUGCUAUUUCACAGCAGAGAGCCGGGCCUCCAACCUCACCCACCAUGGCAGAAACCGACCACUAUCCUUCACGAACAUCCACCGUCCUGUCGGAAAAGGGCCCAACUUCCUACAUCACUCCCACCUCACCAAAGCGAAGACCCGUUCGAGCGCCCAGUACGAGGACAAGUAACGGCACCAUCAGCACAAACAUGAGUUAUGGCAGUGCGGGACGACUGUCAGAAGCCACAAACAUCACUCAACCACCUGCACACUCCAAAAAGUUCGUCGUUGUCGGAGAUGGAGGCUGUGGGAAGACUUGUCUCCUCAUCAGCUAUGCACAAGGCUAUUUCCCCGAGAAAUACGUGCCGACCGUGUUUGAGAAUUACAUCACGCAGACCAUUCACAAGCCCACGGGCAAGACAGUCGAACUUGCACUUUGGGAUACAGCAGGACAAGAAGAAUACGACCGGCUGCGACCACUGUCAUACCCAGAAACGGACCUGCUCUUCGUCUGCUUUGCCAUUGACUGCCCCAACUCACUAGAGAAUGUCAUGGACAAGUGGUAUCCCGAAGUCCUGCAUUUCUGUCCAACAACUCCUCUGAUCCUCGUCGGCCUCAAAUCCGACCUUCGUAACAAGCGAACCUGCAUUGAACUCUUGCGAACUCAAGGCCUCACCCCUGUCACACCCGAACAAGGAGCUGCGGUAGCUCAGCGAAUGGGGGCUAGGUACAUCGAGUGCAGUGCCAAGGAAAACAAGGGUAUUCAAGAGGUAUUUGAUUUGGCCAUCAACACCGCCAUUCAGGUCGAAGAGGAGAGUUUCGAGGCGAAGCCGAACAGCAAGGGGGUAAAGGUCAAGAAGGUAAAGAAGAGGAAAUGUGUAUUCCUAUGAUCCAAUGGAUCAGGAACAGACUCUCAGAGGAGGUCACAAUUUUCCAUUCUCGGGGUACAAAACUUGGAUCUUGUAUGAUUGACCUUUUGGGCUCAAAAAACGCCCGCUGAUGUGUGAUGGUACGCAUAUGGGACGGCGUUGGAUGCAACUGAAUUGCAUGACGAGGCGUUGUAAUGAGACUCUGCUGGAUUUAGAAUGGGGAUCGCUGUGCGAGCGAGCGUGGCGAGUUCCGACGAUUCGGGCUCGAAGCUCUGUGGCGCGCUUUGAUGUGAUUGCUGUAUGAGCAGCUCAUUGCGUAGCUCCCCCGACGAUGAAUACAUGUCCUGUUGAACAUG